UAGGGUGACUUAUAAGAAGAAUGCCAUGGACGACUUUUUUUUCCUUUAACUACCCUUCCCAAGACAGAAAGAGACAGAGCGGAACGUCCAAGAACAGGACCAAGAGACCGGUUGGUCUUGUCUUGUCCCAGGACAAAUGCAGCGGAAGGGAAGGGGGGGGGAUAGAGUAGUUCUGGUUCUGGUCUGCUUUUUCGCCGCCAAGACGCCCAGCUGCCGAGCCCUUGGCAUGGGCAACGUCAAGAGAGUGUCACGGCCAACACCAUGGCGUGCGAGGUCCCAAGGAUUUCUCGAAGGUUGAAAGGGGGAGAAAAUCUCCCCCCUCGGGUUCGGAGAGCGGAGGGAAGGAAUGGGGUGCUAGGCUGAGGAGCUUGAGAAGUGAAAAGGAGCUACCGGAAGGGAU